AUCCCCCCUCCUUUCUUUUCCCCCUGAAAAGAGGGGGUGGAAGGAGGAGGGGGAGAAAAAAUAAGAGCGGCUGCCGGCAGGCAGAGCAAUGUGGAGCGGCUGAGGCGCCGCGAGCCGCGACUGCCCCGCCAGCAUCCCGCCAGCAUCCCGCCAGCAGCCGCGGCCGCAGCCAGGGAGGACGAGCUCACCCUCCCCAGCGCGGAAGAGGCCAGAGAGAAGGAGGCUGUGAGGGCUGCUGAAGAUGUCCGAUAGUCUGGAUAUUGAAGAGAAACCUCCAGCCCCGCCAUUGAGAAUGAACAGCAACAAUCGCGAUUCUUCAGCACUAAACCACAGUUCAAAACCGCUCCCCAUGGCCCCUGAGGAGAAGAACAAGAAAGCCAGGCUUCGCUCCAUCUUCCCAGGAGGAGGGGAUAAAACCAAUAAGAAGAAGGAGAAAGAACGUCCUGAGAUCUCUCUUCCUUCAGACUUUGAACAUACGAUUCAUGUGGGGUUUGAUGCCGUCACUGGAGAAUUCACAGGCAUUCCAGAGCAGUGGGCCAGGCUACUACAGACCUCCAACAUAACAAAACUAGAGCAGAAGAAGAAUCCACAAGCAGUACUAGAUGUCCUCAAAUUUUAUGAUUCCAAAGAAACAGUUAACAACCAGAAAUAUAUGAGCUUUACUUCAGGAGAUAAGAGCGCCCAUGGAUACAUAGCAGCCCAUCCUUCGAGCACAAAGACGGCAUCAGAGCCCCCACUAGCUCCCCCUGUUUCUGAAGAAGAGGAUGAAGAGGAUGAGGAAGAGGAAGAUGACAAUGAACCUCCACCUGUUAUUGCACCACGGCCUGAGCAUACAAAAUCAAUCUACACACGCUCUGUAAUUGAACCUGUCGCGGCACCAGCACCAGCUAAAGAAGCCACCACUCCCCAGCCUGAAAACUCAAACACAAACACUUUAUACAGAAAUACAGACCGGCAGCGAAAAAAAUCCAAGAUGACAGAUGAGGAGAUCCUAGAGAAAUUGAGAAGCAUUGUCAGCGUGGGAGACCCUAAGAAGAAAUACACUCGAUUUGAAAAAAUCGGCCAAGGGGCGUCGGGUACUGUUUACACAGCAAUAGACAUCGCCACGGGACAGGAGGUGGCCAUAAAGCAAAUGAAUCUCCAACAACAGCCCAAAAAGGAAUUAAUUAUUAAUGAAAUCCUGGUCAUGAGGGAAAAUAAGAACCCCAAUAUUGUUAACUAUUUAGACAGCUACCUGGUGGGCGAUGAACUUUGGGUAGUUAUGGAGUACUUGGCAGGAGGCUCUUUAACUGACGUGGUUACGGAGACCUGUAUGGACGAAGGACAGAUAGCAGCUGUCUGCAGGGAGUGCCUGCAAGCGCUGGAUUUCCUACAUUCAAACCAAGUGAUCCAUAGAGACAUCAAGAGCGACAACAUCCUCCUCGGGAUGGACGGAUCUGUCAAAUUGACCGAUUUUGGGUUCUGCGCUCAGAUCACCCCUGAGCAGAGUAAACGGAGCACAAUGGUGGGGACUCCUUACUGGAUGGCACCAGAAGUGGUGACGAGAAAAGCAUACGGCCCCAAAGUUGACAUCUGGUCACUCGGGAUCAUGGCAAUAGAAAUGGUGGAAGGAGAACCUCCUUACCUUAAUGAAAAUCCUCUCAGGGCGCUGUAUCUGAUAGCCACCAACGGGACGCCGGAGCUGCAGAACCCGGAGCGGCUCUCCGCCGUCUUCCGCGACUUCCUGAACCGCUGCCUCGAGAUGGACGUGGACCGGCGGGGGUCCGCCAAGGAGCUGCUGCAGCAUCCAUUUUUAAAACUAGCCAAGCCUCUCUCCAGCCUGACUCCUCUGAUCAUUGCAGCAAAGGAAGCGAUUAAGAACAGCAGCCGCUAGCACUCCAGGCUGGCCUUCUCCCACGCCAGCUCCCUCCAGAGCAGGACUGAGCAAAAACUCUGUAAAACCUCAACUCUUGUGCUGCAGGACAGAUGGAUGGAUGGACAAACGGUCACAGUCACGGUGGUAGCAGGGAGGAGGGGAGAACAACUGUUCUCCGGUCCCUCGAGGAAUAGAAACUUAUCACGUGUCUUCUUCCUGCUUUCUGGCUCCUUAAUUUAUUUCUGAGAUGAAACAGGGCUUCAGACAGAGAGGUAAUGACAGAAAAGGCUUUGCUGUCUCAGCCGUUUCCAAGGUAAAGCAGAUUCAGUUGGAAGAUUCCCUUCCUUCUCACCCUGUGAAUAAGCUGUACAUUCACUUUUAAAUUGUCAGUUGUUUCUUAAAGAUGCAAAGUCCCUUUUCGGGGUUUUUUGGUAUGGUUUGGAAUUGGAGAAAGGUCCUCCUUCAUUCAUACACUCCAGACUGCAUCGCCUUUUGAAUGCAGCCCGCUCGCUGGUAUUUGCUCAUUCAUGGUACGUCUAGCCAAGGAAGGAAGUGAAAUUGCAUUUCCAACCAAAAAUGAAUCAAGAGUGGAGCAGACAAAACAUCCUGUUGAGAUACAGGCUUUCAACUGUGAAUAUAUAGUGUUUCGGUUCUUGACAGUUUGAUUUGUAUAACUAAUUGUAAUAUGUUUGCCUGGGUGAGAGUCUUAUUAAAAUGAAAAAAGAAAAAAGCAAAAGAUCAGCCAGUGUGCUCGGAAAGGGCUCGUGUGAUGCGGAGCUGUGAGGGUGAUGUCAGGCGGCCGGGGGCCGAGUCCCGCAGCCCCUGCAGAGCACCCCAUGGCCUCCUGGCCUCGGGCGCUGCGGUCGUAGCAGACAGCAGAAGCCAACUGGCCGUAGGUGCUCGCCCUUCCCGGGACGGGGCCGGUACCCGGUGCUGGAGCCCGACGGGCAGGGGCUGCUCCCCGCCGUUAUCCGCACGCCUCGCGUCGGCCUUCUGCGGCUCGGGCAGGAGCAGGGAGGGGCGAAACCGAGUCCUGGCCCUCCGGAGAGCUCCCGCGGUCUCCUCGUAGCCGCUGCCGGAGGGCGCGUGGUCUCCGUAGCCCUCGGCACGCGCCGGGGAGGGCGGCCCGGCCCGGAGGCACCUGCGCAGCGAGCGCCUGAGUGCCGCUGGGGAGAGGAGGCUCCCGGGGCUUCGCUCUGCCUCGGCCCGUGCAGCAAGCAGCUUUGGGAGAAAAUGCACUGAAACACCGAGCGGGGGCAAAGGUGCGGAGCGCAGAGUCCGUUGCAGAAACGCGCUUGGGGCCGUAAAACCGGCCGCCUCCCUGCGCUGCUGGGGGCAGCGAGCCGCACGCGUGGUGCCGGCACCGGCGGGGGUGUGCUGGCUGGCAGCUGCGUUGAGGGGCAGAGCAGCUGAGCUGUGCCCUGGGUGGGUUUGCUUCUUUUUUGAAAGAAAGGGAGGUGCAGCGUGGCUUCACUCAGAGCAUUUGUGCGGAAUAUUUGUUGCUGUAUUUUAGUAGUAUGACUAAGGAAAAAAUCAAAGACCUUCAAAACAGCAUUUGGAUCAUGGCUGUUUUAACACCCACCCAACAAGCAAAAAACAAAACAAGAGUAAGAAAGCUUGCUGCUGUAGACCCUUACGUUCAGGCCUGAUCCUGCAAGAGGCUGAGCAGCCUUUAAGGUACUGAAGACCUUCAUGUUUUGCUGGUACGAAUGAAGGAUGCUUGGGCUGUUCCUGAAUGAGGUCAUUAGCUCCUUCGGCUUUGGCUCCUCACCUCGUUACAGCCCUGGUGUCGCGCCCGCCGGUGCCGCCGCCUCCUCGCCCCGCGCGCUCCCCGGGCGGCCCAGGGGCCUCGGCUGCGGCAAACUGAGGCCCUGCAGCUACGUGCGAGGUCACCUCUCCUCACUGCCCGGGGAGCAAAACAGGUUUGAUUUCCCGAUGCCCAGAUAGGACAGAAACGCCGUUUCUUUCGGCUGCGCUCCUCUCCGUCCGCCCAGGCGGGCUCCGGGAGGUGACGGCCCUUCCUGGGGACGACGGCGGCAGGGUUCAGGCGUGAGCAGGGCGGCCCUCCGCUUGCGAAGCAUUAAUCGGAGUGAAAUGUGUUCGUAUUCCAUGUGAGAAGUAAAGAAACAAGUGACAGUUUCUGUUUUCCCGUAUAGCUUUUGUUUUCUCCUGCCCUCAAAGGAACAGACAGCCGUCCUUCAAAAGGAAAGCACUUUUUUGUGGCACGCAUUUGCUGGACAUACGAUAGAAAUGCUUAUGCUGACAGAUUACACUAUUUGAUUCAUUGUUUUUCCCCGUUUGUUUUCUCUAGCUAUAAAUAUUUCAGCAUUUUCCCUGUCUCUACUUUUCAAAAAAACUUCCCAAAAUAUAACAGAUAUGAAAGAUAGGAAAUCAAAUAGAAGCGUCUUUUUUUCUCUGGUUAGCAUAUGCUCCAGCACACAAAAUAUUGUUGGCACUGGCUUUUUAAACGCAGCUGCUUUAAAAAGAGGCCUUAAUUUUUAUUUUAUUAAAUAGUAUAUUUAUUGUUCUUUGCAUCAGCAAAUACAGGUAUCUUUUUCUUUUUAAAAAAUUCUUUUAGUUUUUUUUUAAUGUUGAAAAGGAUUCAACAGAAAUAAUCUCUGCCGGUGAAGGGUUUUAACGUGAACUGUAAUUGCCCAGCUGAGACCAACUGCUUUACAUCCAGUGAAACGAACCUGUCGCAUCCCUGUUGCUCUUUGCUCGGGACGGUCGCUGGCACUAAACUCUCAGUCACUAGAUCCUGGCAGGUGGCAGCUGCUUUUAUGUCCUCCUGAGUUUGAAGGGAAAUGUCGAAGAGGAAUAUUAAUGUGAAAAAUCAGUCCUGUGAGAGACAGGUCUGGUACAUUAUUUACAGGAUCGACUGAUAGCAUGUUAGGAUAGGCAUUGCCCUUGCGCAACGGAAGAAGAUGCAACCAGUGCUAUAAAACCGCUGGAACCGUCUUGGGAUCUUUUUGAGUGCUCUCCCUGGAUUAAACAAUUAGUUACAUAUAUUUUUGGAAGUAUUAGAAAUAGGCUAUUUCUGUUGCCAGAUGCAUAGAUGGUAAAUGUUGUGUAUGUUUCAGACACGUUCAUUCCAAAGUUUUAAAAGACUGGUUAAUUGCGUUUUCCUGUUUUAUUUCUAAAUCCAUUAAACAGUUAAAAAAGCAAAGCCACCACCUGUCCAGAGUCCCCUGCCUGCAGUGGCGGUGUGUGGAGACGGCCCGUUGGCGAGCUGAGGUUUCCCGUGUUCGGAGGCGGCGGCGGCGAAGGCAGGGAAGCGUGAGCAGCACAGAACAGGUUAUUUAUUUAAGGAAAAAGAAAAAAAAGCGGGUGGCGCAGUGCUGCCGCUGCGCUGAGGCUCCCGCUGUGUUGCGGCUUGCACGACGGCUCGGCCGGCGCCCUCGGGGUUCGGGCCCGGGCUGCGCUCCCGCUCCCUGCUCCGGGGAGUUGCUAGCACCUGGACUGGGAGCCAGUGAGAGCUCGGAGCAGCUGCCGGGAAAGCCCGGAGCUGAGGCUGUGAUUAGAGCGUUGAGCUUGCUCUUCAUAUGGCUGUUGGUCUGGUAGAUAGCCCUCGUUUUAGCCCUCGAUUUUUAGGAAGUGGGCAAAGGACACCUUCUGGGUUUCAAGGGAAACUAUUUGAGGCUCCUCUGGGCACCAGCUGCAGUUCAGGGGUCUUUGCUUGUGCCUGUGCGUGAGCUGGCGGGGUAAUGCCGCCUUCUGGCUGGCGCUCGCUGGCCCUCGCUUACCCCCCGCCCCCCCCACGAGCCAUGAGCACGAGCUGCCUGUGCCGGAUGCGUUGCGCGGGGCCAGCCGCCCUGCCCUGCCCUGCCCUGCCCUGCCCUGGCCUGCCCUGCCCUGCCCUGCCCUGAGCACCGGCCCCGCUGGGAGCGGCAGGCCGCCUCCACGCCGCGGGGCGCUGGGGCCGUCGGGAGGGCGCCAGCUCGCCGACGGGUGGUCUCGCUGCUUAGCCGCUCGCCCAAGCGAGUGCUGCCGUUCAGUCGGACCCCGACUGAGGAAGCUGCGGGCAAAAUAAGUUGUCGCAGUUGCUAAUACGGAGAACUAAGACAUUUUCAAUAGCCUUUGGAGCACAGUGCCCCCAGAGGAAGCGGGACGGCUUCCCAGCAGACCGCACGUGAGUUUUAGCAUCGUUGAGGUGCUCGGUGCUCUCGUUGAGCGGCUCCUGGUCCGUAGGUGCUCGUGGCUUGCACGCCGGGGCCACGAGGCUCGCUAGCGAGCUCUGCCGUGCCCGGCUGUGUCGCACGGGGAGCCAAAGCCCAAGCAGUUGCAGUUGGGAGCGUCCGGGCUCGCGGCUUGGCCAAGCCCAUGGCCACGUGCACGGGUGGAUCACGGCCCUGAGGGAGGGCCUGUGCGAGCUGAGCACGAGCGUGGCUUGUGUGGCAUCGCGCCACUGUCCCUCAUGUCUUUCCAGGCCUUGGAACAGCUCAAAUAGCAUUUCUGAAGAGCGACCUUUCCAAGGGUGCCAUCCCCGCUCCGGGUCUCGCUCUGUCUUGUCGCGCUGCUUGAGCCAGCGUUGCCCUCUCCUGCGCCCUCUGCUCCGCGGCUGCUAACAGACCGUGUAACUGGCUGAGCUCUCGUGCUCGAGAGCCUCAGGUCUCUGCCCUCCGAACUGCCGGUUUGCAGCAGCGUUUUAAGUCCGAACGCCAGGUCGGGAGCGCGCGUUACCACCUCCGUGCUGUGCGGAGCGGCCGCGAGGCCGGGGCCCGCCGCCCCGGGGAGGUGCCUGCGCCCAGGGCUGCGGUGCUGCACGACGCCAUUGCAAACGCGUGGCGCCGGCGGCCGGUUGCCGCUUUCUAAAGCCAGGCUCAGCGUCCUGCGUUUCCUUUGCCCAGCCCAGCUGUAGCCGCAGAGAUGAGCUGCGGGCUUUGCUGCUGCUCCCGCUGCAGUCGGUGAGCGCUUGCUCGCGCCCCGUGCGGGUGCCGUGCGGGGCCGGGGCAGCCCUGGCUGCCUCCGCAGGUGCCAGGAGGGUCCCCGUCGUUCUGUUCUCCACCGUGCAAUACUGUCUGGGUCAGAAGUGGGCCAGCAUAACACAUUUGAAGCGUGCAAGUCUCUUACGUCCAUGUCUGCUGAGAUUUUGAGCUAAAGAUACACCACGGCAAUUGCUUUUUGUCACACUGUUUCUAGAAGUACUGAGCAGCGCUGCUAAGUCGCUCUGCAGCACAUGCCCAAGAGAAAGCCGGCAGCUCCGCGGGCGCCCUCGCGCACCUCCCUCCCUGCCGCCCGCCUCGGCGGGGAGCUGCCGGCGGCAGGAAGCAGUAGCAGAGCCCCGCAGCCCCGGCGAGGAGCCCCCCAGCCCGCGUGGCGCGCGGGGCCCUGCGCUGCCCGUGCGGUGCCUGCAGACCCCGCCGCCGGGCGGGAGGAGCCGCACGCGAAUCCGGCAGCGCCGAACCGGAUCGGGCUGUAGCCAACUCCAAACUCCAGUUUAGGCCGAAGCACCCAGCUUACACCUACACUGGUGGCUGCUAAUUUAUUUUCUCCAGGGUAUCCCGACAAAAGCAAGCAGAGGAGGAGCCUACAUUCGCAUUGUUUAUCAGAAACGUAUCUCAUUUUGCUGUACAUUCCUUUUUUAGGACGUGUUAUCUGUUUAAAAAAAAAGCAAAAAGAAAGAAAAAGAAAAAAAGCAAAAGAUAAAAGAUAAAAAACAAAUGUGUAGUGAAAUUCUUCUGUAACUUUGGAUUAAGAGGUAAUUAUGAUCUUUUUAAAAAGAGGACUAAGUUAUUUACUUUGUAAAUGUGCUGAUGGCAUGGAUCCAUCUUACUGACCUCAGCAUCCUUUUUUUUUAAGAUUUUGGGUUUUGUUUCCAAUAUUAAGUUAUUUUAAAUUGUGGUUGAAGCAAUAGAAAAUUGAAAUAUGGAUUGUGCAUGACUGUGUCUUGAGUGUAAAAAUAUUGCAGUUUGAAACUUGGACCUAAAGUAUUGCAAAUAAAAGUUAUAAAUACCG